CCUCAAUGUAAACAAUGAGAGAGGAGUUGCACCGAGGUAAAGUGAUAUCAAAUUUACCUCAGGUUACAGUGAAACCAUGACGGUGAAAACGAGUGACGGGACGAGAAAGGAAGGCUACAAAGGCCAUGGAGAAGGUUCAUCCAAGAGAACGUCAGAAAAGACAAAUGCCAGAGGGAAAAGGGAGAAGAAUUCCCCCCAGACCAAGGUGGUGGCACGUCGUCUGCCCCCAACCAUGACAGAGGAAGAAUUUUUGGAGGCUGUGUCACCACUUGCAGAGUACGAUUAUUUCAGCUUCGUCCCUGCUGACAAGAGUCUUGGAGCUCAUGCUUUCUCACGAGCUUACAUUAAUUUUAAAAACACAGACGAUGUUUUCACCUUUCGAGACAGGUUCGACAGCUAUGUGUUUGUCGAUAAGAAAGGUAAUGAAUACCCAGCCAUGGUGGAAUAUGCCCCAUUUCAGAAGAUACCAAAAAGAACUGGAAACAAGAAGAAGGAUAUACGAGCAGGGACCAUAGACCAGGACCCAGACUUUAUGGCAUUCUUGGAAUCACUAGAAAAGCCAGAGACAGUCCAGCUUCCAACACUAGAGGUCGUUCUGGAAGAGAUACAAGCCCAUGAACGGGAGUUGAAAGCCAACAACGGAAUCAUAAAGGUGAAGACUCCACUACUUGAGUUCAUCGAACAGAAAAAAGCAGAGAAGUUACGAACAAAAGAGGAGCGGCGAGAGGAAAGGAGGAGGAAGGAAUUUGAGAGGAAGAAAGCACGGGAGGAAGAGAAGAAGAAGAGGAAGGACUUCAGGGAUCACAGAGAGGUUAAGAAAGAGGACGUGAGAGAGGUGAAAGAGGAUGGCUCCGUGAAAGCGAGAGAAGUUUUGCGACCAGAGAGAGGGAAAGAGCCGUAUGCUGGCGAUGGGAGACCAGAGAAGACGAGACAGGAGAGAGACAGAGAGCGUUUUGAGAGGGAGAAGGAGAAGCAGAGGAGAAGAGACGAGGAAAGGCAGAAGCAAAGGGAGAGAGAAAAAGAGAGGAGGGAGAAGGAAAAGCAGAUGAGAAAAGAACGAGAGAGAGAAGAAAGAAUGAGAAGACUUGAAGAGAAGGCAAAGCUAAAAGAGGAAGACAGAGGGAGAUACAGAGAUGAUGCAAGAGAAGAAACAGCAGAAGACAAGAAGAAUUGGAAGAGAAGAGAGGAGGUGAGGGAGGAAGCAGUGACGGAGGAAAGGACACAAACGGGCAAGUUAGAGGGUGCAAAAUCCAAGCGUUACAGUGAAGGUCGACGAAAGGAAGAAAGAGAGAGGGAGAAGAGAAUGAAGGAAGAGAAGAAGAGGACAGAGAAAGAGGCAAAGCUGGGAGAAGUUGAGGAAGAGGGGCAUGAGAGACAGGAGGAGAGAGUAGGAGGAGUUAAGGAAAAGGAAAUUGUGACAAUUAAGCCUAAGGAGGCCAGUUCCUCAAACCAAGGAGAGACAAAGCAGGAAGAGAAAUCACCCACUAAACACAGCCAAAAGGAAGGGGAAGUGGAGAAGGAAGGGGGACAGAAAGAAGAAGUUAAAUCAGAGGAGAAAACCAGGAAAAGGAGAGAAAAGGACCCAAGGGCAGAGAGGAGAAUACGCAACAAGGACCGACCAACCAUGGCCCUCUACCGCCCUGGCCAGACCAGGCUGAGCGCAAACAGGGCCAAGCAGGACCGCACAGAGGCCGAUGACACUUCCUCCUCGAGCCCCAGUCCCGUCAUGCCCUCAGGGGGAGGAGAGACAAGUAAGAAGCCUGCAGAGUCCAAGAAGGAUGAAGCCCCUGGCAGUGGCAACCCCUGCCCUCCCCCCAAGAGCCCAGAUGGCAGCCAGGGCGAAAACACGACAAAAGAAGAAGCAACGAAGGAGGACGUAGAGGUCGCUGGGUGGAUGGGGAGUGGGAGGACUGAAGACCAACCUUCGGAAAUCAAAAGGGAGACAACAGAUGACAUCAAAGUGAGGGAUGGGGCUGAGGAUAUGGAGGUGCAGGAUGGAGGGGCAGAGGCAACCAAGGAGGGCAAGAAGUACCCAGGGGUGAAAAGCAUGACCUUCCGGAGGAGUGUUAGCCGGGAGUGAAAGGCUGUUGUGAUGAUUCUCUCUCUCUCUCUCUCUCUCUCUCUCUCUCUCUCUCUCUCUCUCUCUCUCUCUCUCUUUCUCUCUUUCACUCUUCUCUUCAUCUCUCUCUCUCUACUCUCUCUUCUCUCUCUCCUCUCUCUCCUCUCUCUCUCUCUCUCUUUCUUCUCUCUCUCUUCUCUCAUUCUCUCUCUCUCUCUCUCUCUUUCUACUUUCUACUUUCUACUUUCUAUCUGUAUCUAUAUCCAUCUAUUUUUUUCUUUAUUACAAUUUAUUUUUACCUCUCACUGUCUUGCCCUUUUUGCCUUUGGCAAUGUGAUGCUUUCAUGUAACAGAAAACACCAAUAUACUGUACAAAUAAGUGUUAUCUUAGAUUAAGGAGAGUGUUUUCAUGUUGGAUCUUCCUGUGUUGGUGGUAUUGUCUUACAUCAUCUUUUUCCUUUUGUCUUCUAUCCAUUUUCAUCUACUGUUUCAUCAUUUUCCCCCUUUGUCUUCCAUCUUUUCCCCCCAAUAUUUUUUUCAUAUAUUCCUAAUUCUGUUGAUUUUAAUUUCCCUGCCAUUUCAAUUUUCCCUUACAUUUCCUUGUUUCUCCUUUCACUUCCACUAUUUUUUUUUUCUUUUUUUUCAUUGUUUUCCUCUGUUAUUAUUUAAAAUAUUUGUACUUGUCUUAUCCACUCUACCUAUACUUUUCCCUUUCUACAUAGUUGAUUAUAUUAUUUCUUGCUUCCUUAUGAUUCAUUUUAUGAAUUCAGAAUUGAAGAAAAAUCAUGUGACUGUAGUAAGAGAUUUUGAAUUGUCUGGUAAACAAUUCUGUGAUUUAUUUUCCUAAGAUGCUUCCCUUUUGGUUGACAAUAGCCAGAAAGACAGUAAGGUAGUUACUAUUUACAUUUCCAUAUAUUUUGAGUUAAUAUAUUUUGUCUGCCAGUUUCGCAUGACGAUUCGCAUGCUGAUGUACUUUGCACGAUUUAUUUUAUUAGAGCGUUGUGCUGCUAUAUUGCAAUGAGUUGUGUACAUUUUGACCACCAAUUUAUGCACUUUAUUCAAUGGGUAUUGGCUUCUUUUUAUUGUACUGUUUUCCAAGCAGAUCUUAUGUCUUAACACUGUAUUGGUAUGUCUACAUUUAUUUCUCAAAAAUUGUGACUAGUUUCUUUAUUUUGAAUUAUCCUAAACUCUUUUUUUCCAGUUUUUUUUAACUGCUUCGUUAUCUAAAUUUUCUUCCCUCAAUCAUCAUUUUACUUUCCAAUUGAUAAUUAUUUUUAUUUUUAUUUUCCUCAUUCUUAUCAUAUACCCAUCUCCACUUUUUUAUUUCUUUGUUGCUUUUUUUAUUCGCUUCCCUCCUCCCCUUUCUCCUGCAUUUUUUUCUCUUCCUUUUUCUUCAGCAUGAAGUGUAUCUAAAGGAAGACAUUGUUUUCGACUCUACAUAAAAUAAGACAAAGGAAACCAGUUGAGAACAAGAAGGUUGUUCAUUUAUCUCUUUUAUAAAACAUGACCUGAGAAAUGUGCCUAAUUUAGUGUUUGUGAAGAAAAUCCAGUGCAAAAUACCAGUAUAUUGCAAGGAAUUUUUUUUUUUUCCUUUUUCUUUUUAUUAAGAUGCCUUGUGAUUUAAGUUGUUGAUGAAAGUGCAAUCAAGGUUUUCAUACAUAGAAGCUGGUGUUUGCACUACUGCCUGAAAAUAAAGACGUCAUAGAUUA